AUGGAGACUGGAUCAAAGUUCAAAAGAAUAUGUGUGUUUUGUGGAAGUAGUCCUGGUAAUAAAACCAGUUACAGAGAUGCUGCUAUCGAACUCGGAACCGAACUGGUAUCAAGAAAUAUCGAUCUUGUCUAUGGUGGAGGGAGCAUAGGUUUAAUGGGUUUGAUCUCUCAAGCUGUUUUCAAUGGUGGUCGCCAUGUCAUCGGGGUUAUCCCCAAGACACUCAUGCCAAGAGAGAUAACAGGAGUGACAGUGGGAGAAGUGAAGGCAGUAGCAGACAUGCACCAAAGGAAAGCUGAGAUGGCUAAGCACUCUGAUGCUUUUAUCGCUUUACCUGGUGGAUAUGGUACACUUGAAGAGCUUCUUGAAGUAAUCACUUGGGCACAACUUGGCAUCCAUGAUAAACCAGUGGGACUGUUGAAUGUGGAUGGAUACUACAAUUCACUGUUAUCAUUCAUAGACAACGCAGUGGAAGAAGGUUUCAUUACACCAACUGCUCGUCAUAUUAUUGUCUCUGCUCCUUCUGCUAAAGAUCUUGUCAAGAAACUUGAGGAAUAUGUACCAAGGCAUGAGAAGGUAGCAUCAAAGAAAAGUUGGGAGAUGGAGCAAAUAGGGCUUAGUCCCACUUGUGAAAUUUCAAGAUGA